AUGCGGGUGUUGAUCGUGAAUGCCUACCCAGCCUCCAGUAAGCGCGGUCGUGAGCGUUUCGAGCAAUUCCGGCGCCAUGUCACGCGCGUGGUGAGAGAACUGCAGAGAGCGGAAGUCACGCGCGUGGAAAUCGAGGAGAAGCAUCGUAGUAAUCUCGACUCGUUCCUGUUCGAGCUCCACUCGGAAUUUGCUGAUCCGAACAACAUCACCAACUUCGAUCAGCUCGACUUUGUAUUCGUGGAUGGAGACGCAAAUUCAAGCCCGUGGGCUCCAAACAUGCGCAAGCUCGCACUGCUGACCAAAAUGUGCAUGAUGACGGGCAAGUGCUUUUUCGGUAGUGGCAUUGGCGCAUCACUCGUCGCCUUCUCCUGCUCCACCGGCGGCGAACAUUUGCGUGUCCUAAACAACGACGGUAAGGGGAGUUUGAUCGAUAAACUGCAGGACGUCCCUCCACCGCCGCCCGACUCCAGGUCAAUCGGGUUUGUGUCACCUCGCGGUGGAGACAACAACGUGCUGCUUGAUAUCAAGAGCGGCGACUUCUUCGUUUUCGCUGAGAAACACCACAGUUGGGUACCGAAAGGCAAUACAGGCCUUGUACUCCACUCAAGUGACAGCGCGCGCUGCUACGGGGCUCGACCUAACUCGGCUCGAGCUGGGGGAAAAAAGACAAACGUUGGGCAGAUAAGCCAACCACUUUUCCUUGCCAAACGCGGCGAGUUGCGCUGCUGUAUCCGCCUCGAAGUAGCCAACCAGCACCCAGUAAUAACCACGACAUUCCCGAGGCAGCGCGAGCUGGUUCUCAACUGCAAGAGCAAGUGGGACCUCGACGAGGAGAUUGUGAGUACAGGCGGCAACAAGUAUCGAGUUCUGAUCGAUAGCAGCCGUGGUCCGAUGCUCGUCGAGUUCGGGAAUUGUUUCGGUUCACACUUUGAAUUGGCCAGUGAGUAUCCGGAAACGCUUGCACUGCUGCGCAACUUCACGUUGACAAAGUACGAGGAGCUUAAGGUGCAUGCGCAUAUCGACCGCAGUUUCGUCUCCGCCAUCAGUGGCUCGGCCAGAUUAAAGCAGCGAUUUGCAAUGGCACAAACCAAACAAGUUGGGUCUACUCGGACCGAAGGGAUCUCGAAUGCCAAAACUAACAACACUCACCUGGUAGAAGGCCACGAAGGGAUCGGUGUGGGUCGAACGUCGCCUAAACGAUGUCGUCCCGUGUCCGCAGGCCCGUACCGUUCGAAGCCGCACGAGGCAAUAGCAAGACGCAUCCAUACAUCGAGAUCAGCGUAUCCGUCGCCAACUUCUGAAGCCUACCACACAAAACCACGUCGAGUUGUGCGCGUUCCCCAGAAGAACGAGCUGGCAAGACCAUACUGCGCACAGCAUCGCUUCGUCAAGAUGCGCAAGGAGGAGAAAUCCCUGGCGAAUGGCUACUACUCGGUUGUGAACGAUGCGCCCUAUACGAGCGCGUACGAGCAAGAAGCUGUCGCCAAGCAGCGGAGCAAGUUGAAGUGGAUGGGUGGGCCAUUCCGGACGGUCUUUGGGAAGGCGUCGACCCAUGUCGUGCCGGAAGCCAGCAUCUUCGUCAAAGACCCGUUCGUGCAGGAGAACGUGCCGUUCUACAUGACCCAACGGCGACAGCUCGAAGUCGAUGAAACCAAGAGACCCUCACCACCUCAACAGCAUAAAGUGCGACAGAAAGCGCGAGGGAACUAG